AUGCUUAAGCCUACACUUCUAUCAUCCCUUAUUCUGGGCUUCGCUUCAGCUCAGAAUCAGGACUCGAGGGUUGUAGCUAAGUCGUUUACAUCAUGGGACUGUUGCAAGCCCGUCUGCGCAAACACCGUCACGCUUCGUCCGGAUAUUCUCACGAACAGGGGUGUCGCCGGUGUAUGUAACGCAAGCAACCAGCCGCUCCCCCUCCAGCAGGGUCUCCUCGCUCAAUCCAGCUGCGCAGGCGGUACGGCCUUCCUCUGCGACUCGUACCAGCCCGUGCCCGUUUCCGAAGAGCUCUCAUACGGCUUCGCCAUCCAAGUUGGAGGCUCGCCCAUGGCAGACAACGCGAACUGCUGCCGGUGCUACGAGGCGCAAUGGCUCACAGGCGCGGCAUCGGGAAAGAAGAUGAUCGUGCAGAUCAUCAACAUCGCCAACACGCCUGGAGCGGAUUCAGACGUGCAGUUGGAUGAUUUGAUCAUUUUGACCCCUGGUGGUGGUGUUGGGCCUUAUAACACCGGAUGCCGGCUGCAGUAUGGUGCGCUGUAUGCUGGCGCCUGGUAUGUGGUCUUUCUCAAGUAA